UUAUACUCUUUUAAAUAAUAAUUUAAAUUCAUUAACAUUGCAAUAAUACCAUAUACUGGUAUAUAAUUCUAACAAUGAAUACUAUAAAAUAUAUAUUAAUAUUAUUUGAUAUUUUACUGACAAUCAGUUAUAUCCGAUCGGAUGGCGUGUGCGGUGAUUGGGAUUCCUUUAAAGAUGAGAGAUGUUUCCGUGUAUAUACCGAUUUAGGUCAACACACGUACGACUCGGCUCAGGCCAUCUGCGAGAAUAACAGCGCAACGUUGGCCACAAUACACAACGCCGACGAACAGGAGUUUAUCACUAAACUAGUGUUUAUCACACAUAAAGUAGUCGACGAGGUCUGGAUUGGUGGCCAUCGGGAGGGAAAAGUGUUUCAGUGGAUUCAAGAAAAGGCUGACAUCGGUCCGUAUACUAAUUGGCUGAAUGGGUCACCAACUAAUGACACAAAUGAAGAUUGCCUACAAAUGGUCCCCAAAUCCAAAGAUAUGGGCAAAUGGGACGACGAAAACUGUACGAAAAAAAAUUUGUUUGUUUGCCAAAAGCUACAGAAGUGGACAAUAGAUAUGAUUCAACAGACACUACUGAAUGAACGAAAACAAUUGCAAUCAAUUAUAGCAGACAUGGAUUCACUGAAAAAAGCUAAUCCCAUACCAAUUGGCUUUACAUACGUACAGUUGCCUAAAGAGAAAGCGCCGCAAGAUAUAUGGCCGACAUUUAAGUGGCAAGAAGUCAGCGCUAACUAUGCGGGUGUCUUCUUCAGAAUUACCGGUGGUUCGGCCGCACCGGUUGGUCAGAUUCAGGAAGAAUCGACUCCCAGAUUGGCAAUGAUUGAGAUCGCCGACGCCACUGGUUAUAAGGAUAAGAGUGAUCCUAUUGGAAAGGGAGGUCACGCCAAGAUUAAGGCCGGUUCUACUGGCAAUCCCUGGUUCUUCCAGUUUGAUGUUUCCAAUGAUGAAGUGAGACCAAGAAAUAUGGCGGUAAGGGUUUGGAAUCGGAUUGCUUAACAUAUUCUUAAUCAUUAUUAUUAAUUA